UUCAAACGUUGAGCCUAAGGAAGUUGGAGAUGUGUGUAUUAUGUGUACAGCUGUUCCGACUCUGACGAAAAGCCAGCCGCCGUUUGGUCGUUAAGUUAGCUUAAGGUUUAGAGCCUCCGUUUGUAGCUAAAGGUAGCUUGCUUCCUAACUUACGGGCGUUAAAAGUUGUCUCGUUUAGUUGAUCUCUCGCGGCAGCUGCCAUGCUGCUCGUUUUCCUCCUGUUCGCCACCUUUCGGGUCUCCAUGCUGGAGUGAAAUUAGAUGGGGGGCAUUACACCAGAAGAUGGAGGAUUUAACCAGGGGUCCUCAUGGCUGCUGUGAAGGUGUGGAGUUACUACAGCGCCCGUGUCCUAGGAGGAUGGGGCCCGCUGCUUUGCAUCGCCCUCGGCUCACUCGUGGCGCUCCUGAUGCCCAUGGUUGGGGUGGAGGAUCAGUGCUGUGCCUCCCUGAGAGGCAUCGCUCUGCUCCGCUGCCAACUGUGGGGAAGUCCACAGCAGCAUCCAGCUGUGCAGUCCACCAGCCUCACCGUCCCCUUCACUGCUCUUGAUCUGCUGCCUCAGAGGCCCAAGCCGACCAAAGAGAUGGAGCUGGAGGCCAAAGCUGCACUGCAGUUGGCUCAGGAGAUGAAGAAACUUGGGAAGAGGGAGAAGGCUCACAAGCUGCUGGUGCAUGCACUUAGCAUGAACCCAGACUUCGUGGAUGCCCUGACGGAGCUGGGGACCAUUUUAGAGGAGGAGAAGGAUGUCGUCCAGGCAGAUCACCUGUACACCAAGGCCCUGGCCAUCUCACCGUGCAACGAGAGAGCUCUGGUUAGCCGAGACCGGACCCUUCCCCUGGUGGAAGAGAUCGAUCAGCGUUACUUCAGCAUCAUCGACAGUAAAGUGCGCCAGCUUAUGUCCAUUCCUAAAGGGAACUCUGCAUUCCGCCGAGUGAUGGAGGAGACCUACUACCACCACAUCUACCACACCGUGGCCAUCGAAGGCAGCACGCUCACGCUGUCAGAGAUCCGUCAUAUCAUUGAGACGCGUUACGCCGUCCCCGGAAAGAGCCUGCAGGAGCAGAACGAGGCGAUCGGGGUGGAUGCGGCCAUGAAGUACAUCAACACGACGCUGUUGUCCAGAUCAGGAGCCAUCACCGUCAACGACAUCCUGGAGAUCCACCGGCGGGUGCUCGGCUACGUAGACCCCGUGGAAGGAGGGAGGCUGCGCACCAGUCAGGUGUUUGUGGGCCACCACAUCCCUCCUCAUCCUCGGGACCUGCAGAGACACAUGCAGGAGCUCGUUCAGUGGCUCAACUCCGACGAGGCGCUGCAGCUUCACCCCGUGGAAUACGCUGCACUCGCCCACUAUAAACUGGUGUACAUACACCCAUUUGUUGACGGCAACGGACGUACGUCGCGGCUGCUCAUGAACCUCGUGCUCAUGCAAGCGAGAUACCCACCAAUUACUAUCCGCAAGGAACAACGGGCUGAAUACUACGCCGCUCUGGACACAGCCAACGAGGGUGAUGUGCGGCCCUUCAUCCGCUUCAUAGCCAAAUGUACAGAAAUAACUUUGGACACGUUGUUGAUUUCUACUACGGAGCACGCCGUGGGGCUGCCGGGAGCAGGCCAGGACCAGACCUGUUUCGACUGCAAGCAGACCAUCCCAUUCCACAACUGAGCAUAGGGUAGGGAUACAGGAGCAUGGCAACACUGGCAUGCAAACAUAGAUGUCAUUUCAUUUUAGAGCUCAUCAUAAAAUGUGAAUUCCUUUGUCCACAUCAUACCCAUCAUUCCCUCGUCACAGUUUGGAUUCUGUGCCUGCUGAAUUCAUCAGCCUGCUUCAGGAAGGUGAACUGAAAUUUGCUUUUUGUCGUGUCAGGUUUGCUUUACCACACCCUAAUUUUCCCACGCAAUGAAAAGUUGUGUUGUGGGAGAGUUUAGGCGUUUUAAUUCUCCAUCAUAUUGCGAGGAGGAAACAAAACAAGAUUUCUGUCGGGCUUGAAUCUUCAGUUUCAACUGCGGAUGUGCACGGUGAACAUUUAGUUCUUUGACGUAAAGAUGAUGUCUCCAGACACUGUAAUGCACUUUCCUGUAUUUUCUUAUUUAUUUUAAAAUAAAAGUGGUCUACAAUGA